AUGGAGAUUUCCCGCGACCAUGACUCGAUGCCAAGUCCGCUACCCUUGCAGGCCAUGUCCCAGCAGCGUUACGUUCAGUCGCAAGAUGAUGAUUGGACCGGCGUUACAAGCACCUCUGAGAGGAGAAGACUGCAGAACCGACUAAAUCAGAGAGCAUAUCGCAAGUACAAACCCUUUGGUCCAGUGAGAAGACAGGGCACUAUUACCGUGUACCAAGAACUUCUCGGUGUCGUUGGACAAGAUGAAAAUAAGACGAAAGGCAACGAAGACACCGCCGCGGCUCCGAGAGACGCCGUGUCCUUGACCCUGCAGGAGGAAGGCUACAAGAUGUUGACGGCGCCGCAGCGGCGCGACAAUGUCAUCAGGUUUGCGCGCGAGGCCUACGAGCGCUACGCCCUCGGGGCGCCACGGCCGAGCCAGCUGGGCAUGCUGGUCAAGCUCAACGUGCUCAACGCGCUGGCGCGCAACGCGCGGCUCAUUGGCCUGCCCAACGACCGCGUCUGCGACGACGACGCCAUCUCGCCCUUUAGCCUGUCCGGGCCGCUGCCGCUGCCGCUCCCGGAUCAGACGCUGUACCCCGAGGCUCUCAAGCCCACGGCCGUGCAGUAUUCGGUGCUUCAUCACCCCUGGAUUGAUUUGCUGCCCUUUCCCGUCAUGAGGGAGCGAGCUAUCCGGGCAGUGAGUUCGGGAGUCUUGGACGAGGACGAGAUUGUUCUUGAUUUGAUAGAAGUCUGGCCCAAAGAUGCUGUACAUACACCGUUUCUCAUUGUUUGGGGCGAUUCUUCCAAUCCGGGAGACUGGGAAGCGACGCUGCCGUUCUUGGAAAAGUAUGGUUGGCUCGUCUGGGGCUGUACAGAACUUUUCGAGUCGACUAAUAAGUGGCGGUCAAAGAGGGGUGAGAAGCUUCUGGGAUUGUGA